CAUGCUCUAUCUAUAUCCGUUCAAAUGGUCCCUGUUUGCUGUCACCGCAGUGGUCUUUGGUGCGAGAUGCCGCAGUUGUCAAGGCAAUGGUGUUUUAUCAACUCACAGAUACGGGGCUGGCAAAUGCAAAAACAGUUGCUUCGUUUUUAAAUACGCUCUUUUUAAAACCGAAGGAAGAAUUACGAUAAGAUGCCGGCAUUAUGCAGAAUGUUGAACGGAAAGCAAUUUUUAUUUAGUGCCUGGGCUGUGGACAAACGCAUUGGCUGCAAGCCAAACGCAACGUAAAUAAGAAGCGGUCGUCUGCAUCUCUUGUCUGAACUGCAAAGCUAGUUAUGCAAUACGACCUUUCUACUCAAGACCAAAAGAUGGAAGCUCAUGAAAGUGUCGAGGACGAGCCAGGGUCAUCGCCAAUUCAGCCACCCAUGUCCCGUGAGCGUGCCCCGCUGCAGAAGAGCAGUGUGUGUUCGCGGUCCUACUUUAUGGUCGUCAUGAUCUUUUUCCACGUCUAUAUCAUUAAUGUCAUAGCACUGCUUUUCUACGUCCACUAUAAUAACGGCCCAUCAAGUAAAGAGUUCACCAGUAGUACGCAACACCAACACAACAGUUUUGACCAACCAGUGCCCCAUGAGAGAUUCCCACAGACCAUGCACCUUCCUCGCAUCGAGGGAAUUCGGGUGGGGCAUGUGCAGAAGGUGUCUCUUGUACCUAAUAAAGUGCACCAGAUGAGGACGCUCAGCUUGAAGCCUCUGUUGUUUGAGGUCCCUGGUUUCCUGUCUGAUGAGGAGUGCCGUGUGGUCAUCCAGCUGGCCCAACUGAAAGGGCUGAUGGAGAGUCAGGUGAUGGUGCCUGACGGCCAGGAGGAGCUGACUGAGCAGCUCAACCUCAGCCCAGAGGAGAUCUUCAACCUACUGGACCUUAACCAGGACAACCAGUUACAGCCUCAGGAGAUUCUGACACAUUCCCGCGUUCGGGAUGGGAUCUGGUUGACUCCAGAGAACCUGCGGGAGAUUUAUGCCGGUUUGCACGCAGACUCCGAUGGAAAUGGUCUGCUCAGUCUGGAUGAGUUCCGUAUGCUAAGCGGCGAUGCGUUCCAGCGUUUCCUUAAGAGACGCGGCCUGAAGCGCAGUCAGCUGGUUAGGAACAGCAGACACACCUGGCUCUACCAGGGACAGGGGACGCACCAGGUGCUUCAGGAGGUCAGAAAGAGGGUGACCCUUCUGACCCGUUUACCCUCGGAGCUGGUAGACCUGAGCGAGCCCCUGCAGGUGGUACGCUAUGAGCAGGGUGGCCAUUACCACGGUCACCAUGACAGCGGGCCUGUCUACCCAGAGACUACCUGCACACACACACGUCUGGCUGCCAACUCCUCCUCCCCCUUCGAGACUUCCUGCAGGUACAUUACAGUGCUCUACUACCUGAACUCAGUGGAGGGUGGUGGAGAAACCACAUUUCCUGUAGCCGACAACAGGACGUAUGAAGAAUUGUCUCUGAUUCAAAAUGAUGUGGAUCUGUUGGACACAAGGAAGAAUUGUGACAAGGGAAACCUAAGAGUGAAACCUUCCAAAGGCACAGCAGUCUUCUGGUACAACUACCUGUCUGAUGGAAGAGGCUGGGUGGGUGAGCAGGAUGAGUACUCUCUGCAUGGAGGCUGUGUGGUGACCAGUGGCACCAAGUGGGUGGCCAACAACUGGAUCAACGUGGACCCGGACUACCAGAGGCAGGCCCGCUACCAGCAGCUGGUGUCCCAGCAGCAGCAGCAGCAGCAGCAGCAUGAGACCCAGGGUGAGCCCUCGGAGUCCGGCUCCUCACGGCACACAGACCCCCAUGUGGAGUUAUAGCUCAGUGACCAAAAGCACACUUGACGCACCUACGUACACACACUUACCUGCUUACUUGUUUGUAUACACACACAUGCUGUCUCUUCACUGGUCUGAAAAAAAGCUUUAUCCAGCCAACCCUGUCAGAUCUGAGAUAAAUAUGCACUGCUUUUCUCUAGCUAAUUUAUUUCAUGUACUAAAAGAGUUCAUGUUCAGCACAUCAUCAGCAGGGCAAUCUUAAAACAGGGUGAAUGACGUAAGGGACUACACACAUCCAGAUGAUUAUUAAGAAAUACACUCAGGAUGCUGGGAUCAUACCCUGCUGUGGUAUACGUUUCAAUAAUUAUCAACUGGCUGCAUGUUAUCCUGAUUAUUAUACAUCUACUUGUGACAACAAAUCGAUGUUAUCACAAAGGUUGGUGACUAUAAACAAUUUCUAUAGUUUUAAUGCUGACUGACUAGCUUCUGCUGUAGUCCAUGGAAACUCAAUAACUAGAUAUGUAAUGGUCUGAAUGCUCACUGGUCUAUUGUUUGGAAAUAUCAGACCUCUGAAUGCCUCGUUUGACCUGUCAAAAGUGAGCAUUUCAUAGAGCCAUGUGAUUUUAGUGAUACUAGAUAAGGCAGUUAAUGACAUCCCUUCCUGCUUCCUGCCCUUCUCUCCAGCCGUAGCCAAAGCAUGACACUGGUGUGGUAUCCAUUACAGAUCUAACUUGUCUUGUGUAUGACAACGUAGCAGAAAACCUGCCUGCUGUGUAUGCAGUUUUAGGACCAGUUGUCUACGUUUCCCUUGUAUUUGAAUGUUAGAGUACAUGUGUUUCUCUGAAGAAUAUUUCAGUAUUUGACCACCUCUGGGCACUUUAAAUGCUUUUUAAAGCUUUUGUUAUGGACUACUGAGUUUGUAAAUGCCUUGUCCUUCCCCUGGUGGGCUUUUCGAUUCACUGGCACAUAUGUGAGAUGAAUUCAGGGACAGUUUUGGUCGGCAGUUUAUUGAUGUCAAAGAUAUGAAGUGGUUUUGCUUCAUUUAAUCCUGUGUUCGUGCUUGGUUGAUAGGUUGAUCUUGAUUCUUGAUACUUUUAUACACUGGAAAGCUGUACCCAUUCAUGUUUUGCACCUAUUGUAGAAUAUAUUCUAGCUGCAUUGUAACUUGUUUGGGGAUUUUAGAUUUGACCCCCAUGGUAAACAGCCAAAAUAUGCAGUUCUCUUAGACCAGCGGUAUUCAAACUUUUUUCCCUGGUAGAGCCUCCCAUAAAAAUACACUAGCUAGGCAACAGUAGUUCUAGAAUUCUUUGCACCUGAACUUGAUCAAACAGAUAGGCGCGCAACAUAGGUAGUUGGCACUUGACAUCCCCAUACUUCAUCUUUUAUUUAUAAAUUAAAAGGUUUCUAGUAGUAAUGUAAAGUAUCCAUACAUUCCUUUGAUACAUUUAAAGAGGACCUAAUAUGCUCAUUGCCAAUGUUCAUAAUUUUAUUUUUGGGGUCUGCUAGAAUAGAUUUACAUGCUAAUGUUCUAAAAAAAUAUAUUUUUCCUGUACUGUACAUCUCAAUUCACUCUCUGUCUGCAACGUUCUGUUAGAGCUCCUGUGUCUGGAAUUCCAACAAGGCUUUUCAGGCAGCUGAGAAAAGUGGUUUCUGUGGGAGAGUUACUUUGGGCUUUGCAACUGCAGACUGUUUCCAUGCACAAAAAGCUAUGUGACCCACUGAAAGAAGCAAAAACCAGAAAAGCAUAAUAGGUCCUCUUUAAUUUGUAUGAAAGAAGACAGGCCACCCAACGCCACUAUUAACCUCUGCUCCCUUCCACACCAUUGUUUGAAUACCAUGGCCUUAGACACACUCGAAAACAAAGCAUGUGUGAAAUGUGAUUUGCACUUCUGAUUUACAUUAUGCUGUAGUUCAGGUUUGAAUGAACUUUUUUUGUUUUCACAUGUAUCCAACCAGUUGGAUUUGGUGUAAUUCAAUGUUAUUUAUAGUAUGAACAACUGUGUGUUUGCUGCACUGAUUCACUUUUCCUUUUUCAAAAUAAGACCACAAAGAAAAGAGUUUACCUUUAUCCCUGCAUCUCCAACCUCUCAGGUUUCUUCUUACUCUAUUGAAAGCCAUUUAAAAAUAAAGUCAUUAACUCAAACAAA